AUGGGGAAGAAGGGUGCACCAACUGAGCUUGUUUUGGUGUUGACAUCACUACCGAAACAGAAAAAGGAGAAGAAAAUGGAGGUGGUGUGUAGUAAACACCAAGAAGUCCCUUAUUUGUUCUGUAAGGAUGAAAAUAGAGUUGUGUGUCCUGUCUGUGAGUUUGCUCUCCACCACGGUUACACGGUGGUUCCUGUAGAACAAGCAGUCAGAGAUCUGAAGGAGCAGCUGAAAUCUGACUUACAGUCUCUGCAGGACAAGAGAGACAAACACAGACGAGUGGAGAAAACAUACGAUGAAAUAAAUCAACGCUCCAAGAAGCAGCUGCUGUCUACAGAGAGUCAGAUCAGAGCCGAGUUCAACAAGCUGCACCAGUUCCUGAAAGAGGAAGAGGAGUCCAGACUGGCAACUCUGAGGGAGGAAGAGCAGCAGAGGGGGAGGACUGUCAGCAGAGAGAUGAAGAGGAUUCAGGAGCAGAUCUCCUCUCUGUCAGACAGCAUCUCUGCUGUGGAAGCAGACCUGCAGAAAGACAGCGUGCCGUUCCUCAGCAGUUAUAAAGCCUCUCAGAGCAUAGCCAGCGUCCAGUGCUCACUGUCAGAUCCACAGCUGCUCUCAGGAGCACUGACAGAUGUGGCCAAACAUCUGGGCAACCUGUCUUUCAGAGUCUGGGAGAAGAUGAAGGACAUGGUCCACUUCUGUCCUGUCAUUUUGGACCCAAACACUGCAGAUGACCGUCUCUGUCUGUCUGAUGAUCUGACCAGUGUGAGACGUGGAGACACAAAGGAGGAGCUUCCAGACAAUCCAGAGAGACACAGCAGGUAUGCCAAUGUUCUGGGCUCUGAGGGUUUCAGCUCAGGGAAACACAGCUGGGAGGUGGAGGUGGGAGAUCAUCCUGACUGGAAUGUGGGUUUAGCCAAAGAGUCAGCUGACAGGAAGGGAGAAAGAUAUGCUUCACCAGAAUAUGGAAUCUGGUGUUUGAAGUAUCUCAGUGGAAAAUAUACUGGUGGAUCUGGUAAGAGUGUCACAGUGAAGAAGAGUGUCCAGAGGAUCAGGGUCCAGCUGGAUUAUGAGGGGGGGGAGGUGUCCUUCUACAACUCUGAAGACAAGACUCACAUCUACAGUCACAGAGACACUUUCACUGAGAAACUCUUCCCUUAUUUCAGUAUCGGACAGGCUGCUGAUGCUAAAACUGCAGAAAUCAAAAUCUGUCCAGCUGAGAUUUCUCUGCGAAGUUCAGAGAACUCAGAGAAGGUGGAGAGAGGAGAGAAGGUGGAGAGGAGAGAAGAUGAAGAGAGGAGAGAAGGUGGGGAGAGGAGAGAAGAUGGAGAGAGGAGAGAAGGUGGAGAGCAGAGAAGGUGGAGAGGGAAGAGAAGGUGGAGAGAGCAGAGAAGGUGGAGAGAGCAGAGAAGGUGGGGAGAGCAGAGAAGAUUCACAAACAACUGA